CUCUCGCCGCCGUGAUCCCCUCUACGCGCCGCCACCAAAAACCCUAACCUGCGCCGCCGCGCUCACAGCAACCACGCACACCGCCGCAGCCACCAUGGCAGCCGUUCUCACCCGCCCGACGCCGGGCACCGUCCAGUGCUUCGGCCGGAAGAAGACCGCCGUCGCCGUGGCCUACUGCAAGCCCGGGCGCGGCCUCAUCAAGGUCAACGGCGCCCCCAUCGAGCUCAUCCGCCCCGAGAUGCUCCGCCUGAAGGCCUUCGAGCCGAUCCUUCUCGCCGGCAGGUCCCGCUUCAAGGACAUCGACAUGCGUAUCCGCGUCCGCGGCGGAGGGAAGACGAGCCAGAUCUACUCCAUCCGCCAGGCCAUCGCGAAGUCUCUCGUCGCCUACUACCAGAAGUACGUCGACGAGGCGGCCAAGAAGGAGGUGAAGGAGAUCUUCGGCCGCUACGACCGGACGCUCCUCGUCGCCGACCCGCGCCGCUGCGAGCCCAAGAAGUUUGGCGGUCGCGGUGCCCGCGCGCGUUUCCAGAAGUCGUACCGUUGAGCUCCGGCGAGAUCUCUUGUUGGGUUGGCGGCGGUGGCCUACUCCUUGCCUGCCUAUCUAUCUACCUUUUACCGCUAGUAGUUUGUUUUCUUUUGAACCAAUGAAUUGGAUAUGAUCUCUAAGAACUGUGAGUUGUCUGCAGUAUCCUGCCUAGUUGACGAAGGGGUUUUGCUAUCAUAAUCUUCUGUUAAUGAUGAAACUGAAUGUUCUGUUUGA